AUGACGCGAACUGGUGGAAGCGCUGGAGGUUCGGAUCCAUUUGGGCCAGCACUGACUGACUGGGCCAGCCGCCACCUCAUACCAUUGCGUGGCGGAGCCCAACCUUCGACUUUCCAAGGUUUGGCUACAACAUCUUCAUCUUCCAGGGUGCUGCAUCCUGUCCGCUCUGUCGCUGCUCAAGGCGCUUGCUUUCUAGCAUCCCGCCCCGUCAUCAUGUCUAGCUCAUUCGAAAAGUCCGUCAAGGGCGCAACCAAGAUCAAGAAUGCGCCACCAAAAGCAAAGUAUAUCGAGCAUCUCUUGAUUGCUACGCAUUCGGGGGAGGCCGGCGUCGGUGAGGUCUUUCGGGCCAUGCACUACCGACUGAGGGAUUCGACAUGGACCGUUGUGCUCAAGGGUCUCCUGACCGCCCACCUGAUGAUUCGCGAGGGAGCACAGGAAGUCACCCUCGCGUAUCUUUCCAAGCACAGGAACAUGCUUGCCAUUAGCAGCUUCACAGAUGCGCAGACACAGGGCCGGAACAUUCGGCGCUACGCCAAUUACCUCACCGAACGAGCGCGCGCCUAUCGCGAGACCAAAAUUGACUGGUGUCGGUCCGGCGACGGGCGUCUGGAAAAGUUGAGCGUCGACAAGGGUCUCCUUCGUGAAACGGAGACGGUACUGCACCAACUGGCCGCCCUGGUCAAGUGUGAUGUGUUGGACUCGGAAGGCGAAACUGACAUUACAAUCUCCAUCUUUAAACUGCUCGUGCUAGACCUGCUAGCCCUGUUCCAGUGCCUCAACCAGGGCCUCAUCAACAUCCUCGGCCGGUUCUUUGAGAUGUCCAAAACCGAUGCCGAGCGGGCCAUGGAAAUUUAUAGAAACUUUUCCAAGUACACCGACCACGUCGUCCAGUAUCUGUCUGUUGCGCGCCAAUACGAGUACCGCACCGGUGUCCAAGUUCCCAAGCUCACGCACGCACCCGUCAACCUCGGCCGCCAAUUGGAAGAAUACCUGAACGAUGCUGACUUUGAGGUUCAGCGCCGGCAGUACCUCGCCGAGCAGGACUUCAAGAAGGGGGGAAAGGCCAAGGAUGCCUUUGAUCUUCCCAAACCGCCACGAUCACCCACAGGCCGGGCAAGCAGCGCGCAGAAUUCGAGCAACCCCUUCCCCGCACCACCCAAGGAUGCGCCCAAGCCGGCGGCCAAGGGACCAGACCCUGACCUCAUUGACUUUUUCGGCUCCAUCGAGCAGAACCAGACGACUAUGCAGGUAAACACACAGCCCAGCGCGCCGGGGCAGAACAUGUUCCAGCCUCCUCAGCAACAGCUCCAUCUCCAGCCCACUGGGUUCAUCAACAACGCCGCCACCUUCCCUCUCGCAAACAAUCAGUUCCAGCAGCAACAAGACAUUUUCCAGCCGCAGCAAAACAUGUUCCAGCAACAGGUGCCGCAGCCGCAGCCUGCACCUCUCCAGCCAACCUUUACCGGAGCGGGUUUCGGAGGCUUCACGCCGCAACCGCAGAACAACUUCCAACCCAGCUCUCUAGCACCCAUUCCCCAGAAUACGACGGCCAACUUUCAAGGCCAGAAUUUCAUGCAGCAGCCUCAGCAGCAGCAGCAGCAGCAACAAGUUCCUGGACAGUUGCUUCCCAUGCAGACUGGCACCACCAACCCGUUUAGACAAUCGAUGAUGAUGGCGCAACCAACCGGCGUGCCAAACUUUAUGAACCAGCAACCUUUGCAGCAGCAGCAACAACCCCAACCCCAACAGCCCCAGCAAACGGGGUUCGUUGCUCCCGCCCUGAAUCGCCAGUCAACAAAUCCCUUUGCCAAGUCUGUCUCACCACCUAACAACAACUCGCCGUUCCAAUCGCAGGCUCCUGCUCCGCUGCAAGCCACGCCCACAGGAACCAACCCGUUUGCUCGCAACUCGCCUCAGCAGCAGCAGCAGCAGUUGCCUCCAAUGCCCGCAAUGCCCGGUCAGCAGCAGCAGCAGGCUGGUGCGCUCGCUCCUCAGCCGACGGGCGUUACCAAUCCUUUCCGCCAGGGCGAUUUCGUGAACCACACAACCGGCAUGGGCUGGCAACACAACCAGGCGCCCAUUGGCGGCGGCAUCGACCAGUUGCAGACUGUUUCCGUCUUCCCUCGCCCGACGCAGCAGUCUCCCUGGCAGCAAUGA